AUGUUCCAGGCGCUCUUUGUCAACGACACGCCGAAGCCCCUGCUCGAGCUGACCACCGGCCCGGACUUCUCGGCCAGCAGCCUGGUCAAGCCGUGGACCGGGCUGACCCAGGCCCAGCGCCAGUCGGCCGAGAACGACCUGCACCUGGCCAGCACCCGACUGGCCACCAAGUUCUACGAGGAGAUGGAGCACCUCAUCCUCCAGGCCGGGUCCUCGCACUCCAGCGCCCUGGACACCACUCUCAUGCUGGUGGCCAGCUCCGGCGCCGGCGGCUCGGCCUCCAUUUCCGACUCGCGUUCCCUCGAUACCGACCUCAAGACGCUGGUUUACGAGAACUACAGCCGCUUCGUCAGCGCCACCGACACCAUUCAGACUCUUCGCGAUAAUGUCACCCAGAUGGAUGACGACCUGGUCCGGCUCCGGUCCAGCGUGGAGAAUGUCACCGCCCAGGGCGCCCGGGUGACAGCCACCCUGAGCGACGCCCGGCAGAAGAUCGGCCGGCUGACGGCCGUCUCCGAUGCCCUGACCAGCCUGCAGGUGAUCUUCGACCUGCCGGAGCGCCUGCGCCGCAGCCUCGAGCGCGACGCCUUCUCCUCGGUCUUCCGCCAGUACUGCCAGGCGUGCACCAUCCUGGCCCAGGUCCGGCGGGUCCACCGGCCCGAUGCCCCGGCCUCCGACCCCUCCAAGCAGGCGCGCCAGCGCAUCGUCGCCUCCUUCCAGCGUGUGCAGAGCGAGUGCGACGCCAUCAUGCAGUCGCUCAUCCUGCGCCUGCGCCAUCGCAUGCGCCAGGGCCAGCUGACCCAGCAGCAGAAGGCCGAGUAUGUGCAGCUGAUGAUGGCCCUUUGCGCGGCGCCGGUGGCCGAUGACCAGCAUCCCCCGGGCCCGGGGGCCAAGGCCGGCGCCGCCGGCGCCGCCGGCGCCAGCCCCGCGCGCGUGACCGAGCAGCUGUGGAAGUGGCUGCUCCAGAGCGAGGAGGCCGCCUUCCUGAAGAUCUUUGCCGACAUCACCGGCCGCGCGGUGGAUGCUCGGCCGGACGCCGGGGCCGCCGCCUCGCGCAAGGGCGCCGACGCUCGCCGCGGCAAGUCCCGCUCCCAGUCCUCCAUCGACACGCCGGCGGCCGCCAGCCCGGAGGACUCCCUGCAGCAGCUCCAGUCCGUCUCGCAGAAUGCCCUCAUCUCGGCCAUCAGCGCCGGGCUCAACUCCAGCGACCCGAAUGCCCUGGCCCCCGGGACCCUGCUCGGCUUCGUGGGCAACUCCCUGUGCGAGGCGGCCGGCAACCUGCGCGACAUCCUGGCCGAGUACUUCGGCAGCGUGGUCGACGACCUGAAGGUCUUCCUCGCCGGCGGCAGCGCCUUCACCCGGCUCCACGGGGAGACCCUCAAUGAGACGGUGCAGGCUCGGGCCCGGGCCUUCUGGCCACUCAUCGCCAUGGAGGUGCGCCGGCGGUCGCAGGGGUUCGCCGACCGCCUGAUCGAGCGCCCCCCCACCGCGUCGGCCACCCUGCUGAAGAUGGUGGAGAAGCUGGCCGGGCCCCUGGCCGAGCUGGGCCCCGGGCAUCCGCUCCUGCGCGGCGUCACCGGCCCCGACGCCGGGGCCGCCCCGCAGCAGCAGCAGCAGCAGCAGCAGCAACAGUACCUGGACAGCCUGACCGAGGCCACGCACGCGGCCCUGCCGCUGGCCCUGGCGCGCAUUUGCUCGCUCCUUUCACAGGGCACCGUGGCCCGGUGCCUGGCCAUCGUGGCCCGGUCCUUCCAGCCGGCGGAGGCGCCCGGCGGGGCCCCGGUGUCGCCCACCUCCGCCGGGCGCCUGGUCCAGGAGGACCCCACGGCCGGGCUCAUGGCCUCGGUGCUGUCGCGCGAGCUCCAAAAUGAAGCCGGCUCGCUGGUGCAGAUGUACAUCGACGCCUGCGGGUCGCUGCUGACCGGGCGCCUGACCGAGGCCCUGGCCGCCCAGUGGCCACUGGUCCUGGGCCUGCCGCUGACCGAUGCCCAGCAGGCCCGGCUGCAAUUCCAGUCCCCCUACGGGCCGAGCGCCUGCUGGCAGCGGGCCCUCGGCGGGUUGCGUCUCUUCGGCCUGGUGGCCGAGCUGGUGGUCGCCGGGCCGGAUGCCGGGGCGCCGGGCCCCGGCAGCGGCCCGGGGCCCGGCCUCGGCGCCUCGUCGUCCGGCCCCGGCGGCCCGGGCGGCCCGGGCGGUGCCGGCAUGCCGCGCUCCGGGUCCGGGGCUUCGCUCUCGUCGCUGGCCGAGUCGGCCGGCAAUGCGCCCGGCGGCGGGGGGGCACCGGCGGCCACCGGCCCCGGGGCCCGGCCCUUCGGCCACCGCCGCACCGGGUCCCACUCGAGCUUGCACCAGGCCGCGCGCGGGGGCUUCGGCCUCACCCGCGACCGCAUGCUCUCCAUCGACCGGCUCUUCUCCGAGCGCGUGGACAUCUUCGAGCCGGCGUCCGACGCGGCCGGGGUCGACCCCACCCUCGGCCCGGCCGGGGCCGACAGCGCCGCCAGCGCCUUCCCCGAUCGGCUGGUCCCCUCGCCAGGGCAGCGCCCGGUCGAGUUCCGGCCCCGGUGGAUUGUGGCCGCCCUGGCCAAGCGCCUGCUGCGCGCCGCCUCCGAGGUCAUGCGCUUCCAGUGCUCCCUGCGUCCGCGCAUGCCGCCGGCCGGCGGCGACCUGCCCGCCUCCGGGCCCAUCACCGUCAUCGACCCCUUCCAGCAGUGCCAAGUCGACGCGCUCUUUGCCCAGUCCCUGCUCCUGGCCAUCCGCGUGGACCAAGCCGCCGUCAACCUCAUCACCGACUACCUGGCCACCGCGCACUCCCGCUGCCCGGUGGCCCCCCGGCCGCUGGACGACCACCUCAUCGAGCGCCUGGUCGAGGACUCCGUCCGGGCCAUGGUGUGAAGCG